UUGCGUCGUGACUCAAGACACGACUUUCAACCACAUCUUCUUCUCAUUUUCCCAACAACCACAACUCUCAACCUACAACGAUGAGGACGAGAAAGAUGUUAUAGGUGGCUGCAGCUGUCGCUGCGGCUACCAGGCAAGCGCUCCACAGGAGUCACGUGCCAAGACCUGUGCGCAAAAAGACUUAACACAAAGCGGGUCUCCAGAGCCCUAAGGGGAUCUGAAGUGAAUCCGCCAUCAUGCCGGCGAAAAAGAAGGGGAAGAAUCCCCAUGCGCAAGCUCCUGCGCCUCAACCGCAGACACCCACGAGUCCGCCUCAGUUCGAACAAUCUCAGCGAAACCUUGAGGAAGAACUCGCCGAUUACCCCGAAGUCCAGCGUAACGAGUUCCUUGCCACAAGAGCAAUCUAUCCUGACGAAUUUCAGCGCAUUCGGGGCAGGAAGGAUGCGUGGAAGACUCAAGAGAACUUAGCCUUUCAAGUUCGGGUCUCACCUCUCGAAAGUCGUGACUAUUUCGCCAAACUCAUCUUCGAGUUUCCGCGCGACUACCCGAAGGUGCUCCCAAAGAUCAACAUUGUCGAGGUUGGGCCAAAAGACCCCGAUCUCAAGAAACAAAUCGAGCAGAUUAUUGCGACCAACCAGAGGCAGAAUCAAGGAAGCGAAAUUGUCUACGUGGUCAACACUGCCAUCAUGGACUUCCUUGACCAGACCGUCUCAGACAAGGCUGCCAAGAAAACGGAGUUCAGCCUCGAAGAAGAACGUGUCGCACAAGAAGCUUUAGCUAAGAAGCACCUCCAAGAGAAAGAAGAGAGUGCGCGCAGACAACAGGCCGAAGAAGCAGAGGAGAAAGAAAAACUACUGUACUCACAAGUCGAGAGCGAGAAACAACGCCGCCAGAAGUCCAACCUGUCUCGCACAGCCACUGGUGAAGAUGGCGCCGUGCUUUACGAUGCACCGGAAGAGCAAACCCGGUUUGACCAGUCCAUGACUUGCAAAGACACAGUCACAAACGCACCAUUCAAGUUCAAGGCUGUCUCGGGCAGGGUCGUUAUUCUCAGACGAAAAGACAAGAAAAUCACGAUCGUAUCCCCUCGAGUGGAUACCGAACAUGUUCAAGCUCCCCAGCUUCUCCUCAAAGACAUCUACAUCUUUGAGACAGCAAAUACAAGGGCUCAGAUGCAGAAAUGUAUGGAGAUUGUCGAAGAAGACCUGGAGUUCUCGAAGGAGCACCACCACGAGAAUGUCGUUGACCUGAUCAACUACAAGAUUGAGCACAUUACCCUUGAGGAUGGCACAGGCCAGUGGACUCUAGCUAUUCUUUCCGAAUUUGCCGACAAAGGAUCGCUAGAUGAUCUUUUAGAGCUGUCCGGGCCGCUGAAUCCAGCUAAAGUCCGUACUUGGACUCGAGAACUUGUUGAUGCUCUGGUCUUCUUCGAUAAACAUGGCUAUGUCCACCCUGCGGUACAUGCUGGAAAUGUCAUGCUUUUCAUGUCGCCAAAGCGGGGGGUAACAGUCAAGCUUUCCGACGGUUACGGAACAAAACUUCGAGAACUUGUCGACUCCGUUCGAGAUAAGUCAGAUUCGAAGACAGAUGAGUUGCCUCUUUGGAUCGCUCCCGAAUUAAACAACGAAACACCAGCGCGAACAAACAAAACCUGCAUUUGGGAUCUCGGCGUGAUCGUAAUGCAGAUGGCGUUGGGCAAAGGAGUCAAAUCCAAAUAUACCUCUCCUGCAGAUGUGCUCGAAGAUGUCGAUUUCGAAUCCAGUGCUCACGGUCUACUGCAAGAGAUGUUCCGAUCCAAUCCGAACCGUCGGCCUUCAGCAUUUCAACUCUCAAGCAAAAAGAUCUUCUUCGAGGAAAACGACAACCUGUUCCGAACAAAGUCCGCGACCCUGCUCACCACCCCAGGACGCAUAAGACGAUACAGUGACAGGCCUGGAAAUUCCAGGUAUCGAAACGAAUGGGAAGAAUCUGCUGUACUUGGACAAGGUGGCUAUGGCAAAGUCGUCCGCGCCAGAAACAAAUUGGAUGGACAGUUUUACGCUGUCAAAGAAAUCAAGAGUCAGUCGAUAAAGGAACUGGAAAACAUCCUACGAGAAGUCGCCCUGCUUGCGAAACUUAAUCAUCCGAAUAUUGUCAGGUACUACAAUGCCUGGUAUGAAAGUGCACACGAAGAAGUGGAAGAACCACAUCAACGAGCAGUCCCUACAAGGUCGAUCCCGCAGACGGCUCCCCUAAGUCUGGGUCAUGAUUUUAUGGAACCAUCAGUCUAUCGGAAUCAGGGUGCGGAAUACAGCGACUCCUCCGAUGGUAACCUGUUUGCUUAUCAAGAUCCACCUUCUAUUGACGCAGACGACGGCUUUGAUGACGAUCCAUUCGAAAGCGAUCCAGAACCAGAGAGAGCAGAGGACCAAGGGACGACUGAUCCUUUCGAGCGUUCAAAUGCCCCGGAGCCGGGAUCCAUGGGAGGCGCAAAUCCAUUCCACAGCCAGGACUCGCCUCAAGACUCGCAUAACUCGCCUCAAAUCGCUUUAAGUCAUGUUCGGUCACGCUCGCUGCCACAUGACGAACCAUCUGUACUGUACAUCCAAAUGGAACUGUGCGACGGCCGCACAUUGCGUGAUCGAAUCAAUGCAGGUCUACCCAAAGAUGUCGAUGCUGGCUGGAGAUUGUUUCGGCGCAUACUCGAGGGACUUGCCUACAUUCACAGCCAUGGCGUUGUGCACAGAGAUCUCAAACCCGACAAUAUCUUUCUCGACUCACACGACACUCCCAAGAUCGGCGAUUUUGGACUUGCCGGCUACGGACAAGCAACCUCUAAGCCGGACCUGUCUCUAGCAAGACCAUCUAUGGUUACUGUAUCAUACCAUAUCGGUACAGCAGGGUACAUGCCUCCUGAGCUUGAACGGACGGGAAGCAGCUACGACUCACGCGCGGACAUGUACUCACUUGGAGUUACAUUCUUCGAAAUGUGUUUCACAUUCAGCACUAAGAGCGAGAGGAGUAUCUACUUGGAAGCGAGGCUCAAAGAAAACCCACCACGCUUACCCCAGCUCUUCAAGGAAGAAAGCCAUCAGAAACAAGGCGACAUAAUUGCACGUUUAAUCGAUCAUGAUCAAACUCGGAGACCAACUGCAUCGAUGCUACUCAACAGCGGCGUGAUUCCCGAGCCUCUGGAAGAUGAGAAAUUCCAACGCUACAUCGACAGAAUGGCCGCAGAGAAUCCCAGUGAAUACCAAGCACUGAUCACGAAACUAUUCGCAAACCCAAACAGCCCUGUUGCAAGUCUUGCCUGGGAGGACAAGUCGACGCUUAGUACAGCUUCUGUUGACUUGAUGCUUUGGAUAUCUACUUGCGACCAACUGAAGUCCAUCUUUCGACGACAUGGUGCAGUGGAAGUCGGGAGGCAAAGUAUCAUCCCAAAAGCUGAGUUCUACCCGCAUGCCGCGACCUUUCUCGAUUCUUCUGGCUUGGUCGUCCAGCUCCCAUAUGACCUCACUCUCCCUUUCGCUCGCACACUCGGACAGACUCCUCCAACCUACAGCAAAGCCUACUGCUUCGGCACGGUGUACCGUGCUUCUGCACCAGGGUCACAGCCUAGACAAUUCCCUGAAGUGGACUUCGACUUCAUAUCUAGUAGUGCAAAAGACUUGCCCUUGAAGGAAGCGGAAGUUAUGAAGGUGCUUGACGAGAUUCUCACCGAAUUCCCGGCUCUAGCUGCACGCUGUUGGACCAUGUACCUGAAUCAUGCAGACUUGCUCGACCUCAUCCUCGACUUCUGCCGAAUUAAACCCGUCGAAGCUGCCGAUGUCAAACGAGCUCUGUCACAUCUCAACACCCAGGGACAAGGAUGGACACAGAUACGUGAAGAAUUACGCAGCCCUGCCAUCAACAUCCCGGAGACAUCUGUGACUGACCUCAAGCGAUUCAAUUUCGACGGAGACUUGGAAAAGGUUCGCACGAAGCUGUCAAAGCUUUUCGGCGAUUCCGACCAUUUCAGCAAGGCUUUGCCCCUCCUGGGUCGCCUCGAUGAGGUGACGAAGUACCUCCAGCGCAUGAAUGUCCAGACACAGAUCCUCAUCGCGCCACUCAGCAACAACUCGGAGUAUCUCUACCGGCGGUCGCUGCUCUUCCAGUGCGCAGACAGCGCUUCUCGACGAGUCCUGGCAGUGGGCGGGCGAUACGACGCCCUGGUCCAAGAAUAUCAGACCAAGUCUGAUAAGGGCAAUACCCGCGCGGCGGGUUUCCGCCUCAACAUACUGGACCUGAUCGGCUACGUCCGUGGCCAGAUCUCCGCCCAGGCAAGCAAGUCGUCCAAGACGACGACGGCCGCCGCGGCGGAGUCGAAACCCGUGGCCAGGAGGUGUGACAUCCUGGUCACGAGCUUUGACUCCAACGCGUUGAAGAAUUCGUGCCUGGAAGUCUUGUCGUCGCUGUGGGCCGCUGGGCUCAGCGCGGAGCUCUCUGAAGAGUUCCACUCCCUGGAGGAGUUGGAAAUGGCUUACGGCAGCCAGAACGCCGGAGGACACUGGCUGGUGAUCGUGAGGGGAGGGGCCCUUGGGGAGAGGACCUUGAAGGUCCGGGGUCCCUCUCGCUCAGAAGACGAGGUCAAGGCUGUGGAGUUGGUGAGCUUUUUGCGCCUGAAAAUGGCGAAGAGUAGAUAGUCUGGAGACGAGUUCCUUUCUUUCCUGUGCUUUGAACAAUGAAGAUACCCCACUUUCACAGCUGUUGACCGUUCUAUGCGUGUGAG